AUGGGGAUCCGAUCAUUAGAUCAGCAGGUCUCCUCGAUUCUCCCUAGCUGGGUAGUGGUAGACCAAGGUAUUGACCGCAAGGCGCUCGCCUCCUUUCGCCACGACGACGACCCUAGCACGGCGGAGGCUCGCGCCAGCAACGGCGAGAUCGUCCGCGUGUCGUUCACCGUGCGCCCGCUGCCGGGUGCCUCCCGCCUCUGGGUCCACUGGCCGGAGGGCCGCAAGCCGUCCGGCUGGAACAGAGUCGUGGCGGCGCACGGCAACGCCGUACUCUUCCGUCUCGAGGUCGACUUCGAGGGACUCCCCUCAUCGUGCUCCGCGAUCGACCACUUCAUCUACUGGGCCAGCCCUUCCGGUCCCUGGAUCUCACUUCUCCCACGCUGGUACUCGACCGAGGAGGAGAUAGAGGCAGCUCCGGUGGGCUCCUGGCGGAGAAACCCAUGGAUGACACUAGGCCGCAGAGGCACCGGCCUGCUGCUGGAUUGUGAUACAGGAGAUUUCGUGGUGGCGGAGCUCCAUCUCGAUCUGGACAGGCUCGAAGACGUGGAUGCACCUCUGGAAGCGCAGCUCUUGAGGCUCUGCUCGGACAGGGGGAAAAUUGCUGCAGGUGCUGCUGGAGAGUGGGAGUGGGAGGUUAAGCACGCAGGGGCCCGUGGGGGCAAGGCUAAGUUCAGUGACUUGCUCUGCUGGUGGGAAGCUUCCAUGGUUGUCCCUUACCGCAGUUACCUGUGCUGGGUUGAUUACUCAAGGGGUGUCAUCUUCUGCAACGUCGGCCACAGUAGCCCGGACCUCCAGUACCUCUCCUUGCCGGUGGAUCACCUGGAGUGGCUUGUUCGAGUCCCAGCUGAAAACAUCAGAGGAUGGCCGCAGGCGUCCCGGGCUGUGUGCGUUACCAAGAAUGGAGCGAUGAUGAAGUUUAUCAACAUUGCACGCAGCGAUGGGAUGCUAUCUGGCGAGAGUGAGCAUGGUUGCAGAUUCACUAUCACCGUCUCCACGCUGAUGCACCAUGGCCAGGACGAUAUGGGGUGGGUGACGGACACCACAAUUCAAGCUGCUCAACUCUGGGAUAUGGAGGGUUACGAUGAUCAACUUCCCUGCGUUGUGCCGCAGUUCCCUCUGGUGAGCAUGGAUGAUCCCAACACCAUCUAUUUUGUGCUCAAGGAGAGGCACACGGUUUCGGCAUGGGUGGUUGCCCUUGACGUAGAUAGCAGCAAGGUUUUAUGGUAUAAAGAUAUCCAAGCCACCCCUUCUGAUGAGGACGCUGAAACGGCCCCUAGCAACAUCUUCUGCAGCUUGGCUUUCUUUCCUACCGAAUUCACUAAGCAUCUGCAGAAGGCUGCCCCUGUGCCCCCAGGCCCGAACAGGUGGCCAGAGGGGUGUCUGUGCAUGGGAGCCCCAAAAUGCCGCAACAAUUGGGGCCAUGAGAGGGGCAUUUGCAGCGCUUUUCCCUACAUGAGCUUCUAG